CCCCAACCCCCAGUCCCCCCUUCGCUUUCUCGUUCCUUGGGCCUGUUUCGCCUCUUCUCACUCCACCACUCACCGGACACCCGGUCCUUGGUCAUUCCCGUCUUGUUAGGACUAGUAGGUACUUGAGUAGGCAUUAUAGGGCUUCACUUACUCAAUUCUCAAUUUGAUGGCCGGCUUGGCUUCACAAUCCUGUGAGAGUGACCAGCACCAGCAGCAACAACAACAAAUACUUGAUGUUCUCGGGACUCUCAUGCCAAUAACAGCCACCGCAAAACAAGCCUGAUCAAACUGAUCCAACCACGCACGACCCAGACCGGCCCAAGCCCAGUCCAACCCAAAACCGACACACUAUCAAAGUGGCAGCCACCGUGGCAGCCGUGGUUCGCAAACCCUCGACAUUUCUGAACUAACUAUUCCCGACGCAGAGUGCGCUAGGUUGGGGAAGGGACGCUUGUUCCCGUCCUCCUUCCUAACCCAUCUACUCCCUUCCCUCCCUCCACCCUUCCCUUCCUUUCUCAGCCGCUCUUCCUCCCAACUGCACACGCCUGCCGAGUGCAUUUCUUGGAAGAGGGUCGGCUGAAUUGCCUCUCCUCUCUCUUUCUCCCUCUCUCCACCCCCCUGUGUGUUACGAUUGUCCCGUACUUGGACCCAAAUUCACCACCCGCUCCACUCCGGUUUGGCCGUCCACGUGCUCCACUCUAGCACUCCCGCUUGCAGGCGCAGUUGAGGGAAGGAUCAUCUGCAGUCUUGCGUCCGCUCAUUCAACUCAUUGUCAUACUUUGCGACCUCCUUGCCCCUCAACCCACAACCUGCGCUCAGGCGCUUGAUUGUCUGUCGAAUUUUUCCUGCCCUCCUCCCUGUUGUCUGUCGUACGACCCGUCCGCGACACAGCACGGCAUCCGGUGCCGGCUGCUAAUCUGGCAAGAUGCCCAGAAUGCCCAAGGUGCCCGGCGCAUCCAGCGGUGCAAAGAAACACACCUUGACCUUGGCCCAAUUGUCCUCUUACGAUGAUAUGCUCACCGACGCCCUCAUCGAUAGGGCUUGGUACUGGACCACGAUCCCGAAAAACCGAACCUCCUACCACCCUUCUCGAGGUGUCAAAGAAGACGAAAUCAGUAAACUCAUCCAGACCCAUCUGAUUGUCACCCCCAAUGUCGACCUCGCCGAGGAGAAGCUGCUUGCGACAGACGGCCUCAGGAGGUUCUACAAUGCGCUCAAGACCCCCCACGAGAAGGCCGACUUCAAACAACAUCUCCGUCGCUACAUGCAGAUCUACCUCCCCGACUGCCCCUUCGAGGUCAGCAGCACAAAUAGAUACACUGUCACCACCCACGAGGCCUCCAUCGUUGCGCGGAGGCCCAUAAAACGAAACGAGAAGAUCAAAUACCUCUCUGGGAUACAGGUCGUCAUCACACCAGAGGAGGAGGAGGUCCUGUCCUCUCGGAAGAAGGACUUCAGCAUCGUCGUGAGCAGCAGGAGUAGGAUGACCAGCCUGUUCAUGGGUCCCGCGCGCUUCGCCAACCAUGACUGCGGCGCCAAUGCCAAGCUUGUGAUUACUGGUCAGGCCGGCAUUGACAUCGUUGCGGUCAGGCAGAUUAAAGAGGGAGAGGAAAUCACCGUGACGUACGGCGAGAACUACUUCGGGGAGAACAACUGCGAGUGUCUAUGCCAGACCUGUGAGAGCGACCUUGUGAAUGGCUGGAAGCAGCCUGACGGGUUUGUGCCGGUCAAGAAGAGCAUUGAGGGUCCGCAGGGCUAUAACACGCGCGGAAGGCACCGGCAUCGCAGAGGAGAUUCGAGCUCUAGGACGCCCUCGGUCACCCCCGACCUCCGACCCAAGGUGCGCAAGGGCAAGCUGAAACAGUUGCGCACCGCCGACCGAGCCUCUACCACCGAAUCGAGCCUCGCUGGAGAGGCAGAGACCACAGCAAGGCGCAAGCGCGGCCGCGAGAGUCUUGCGACACCUCCCGUUACGCCCUCGAAGAAGCAGAAGACGACCAAGUACGAAAUCAGACCUGCUCCUAGCAUGCCUGCGGACCGUAGCGCUAGCUCCGAUGCCGAGUCGGGUGGCCUGCUGUCGAGGUCUGAUUCCUCGGGUGGAGAAGCGGUCCUCACGGAUGUGACGACCCCGGAAGACACGACUGACCCCGUCGACAUGCCGUCUGAGCCCGUGCAGGUCGCACCGCCUGUUGAAAGCCUGAAGCAGGAGCAAGAUAUGGGAGAUUUAAUCUCUCACGGACUACGAGAGGUUGCCCCGUUCGUUGAACCAGCGAGCGCCCAGCGCCCACCAGGCCCGCUACUUCAAACACCGCAAGUACCGAAAGCGCGAGGCUUGUCUAUCCACGACAUCCUUAACACUCCAUCAGAGGCAGCCACGCCCGAUGCUCGAAGCCCUAUAGAUCGGUUUGCUGCUGCUUUUGGUUUGCAGAGCUCCGCCAUGCCAGCGGCAAUCAGUGGAGGCCGAGAGGCCGAGACUCAGCAGCCGGCCGUGGUAGAAGAGCCUGCCUCACCAUCCCCGAUUAUCACGAAGGAUCCGGAAGAGGUCGUUGACUCGGUUGAGACUGGCACCAGCGCAGCCGCCGAUACACCUGCCAAGCGCGGUCGUGGGCGGCCUCGGAAGCAUCCAAAGCCCGAAGCCAAUCCUGCACAGGAGACCUCUGUCGUCGUAUCACCACCAGCCGCUCCAGAGGACGACAACGACCACCACGAUGACCGAGAUCACGAAGCACAGGGCGAGCAGCAACCCCCGGCACCUGUCACGAGGCCUAUUUCUCACCGCCAACCCGGCGACUAUCAACUGACUCCGCGCCUUCUCGCCGAGCCAGACAUGGCCUGGGUGCGGUGCUCCAACUGCAGCACUGCGUUUGUCCAACAGAACGCCUACUACACCCGCUCCUCCUGCCCACGCUGCGAGCGCCACUCGAAGCUGUAUGGGUACAUUUGGCCAAAGACGCAGCCCGAGGGCCCGUGGGACAAGGAAGAGCGUGUUCUCGACCACCGAACAGUGCAUCGGUUCCUUGCUACCAGUGACGAGCUGGUUGUGCGCGGCAGGUCGACGCAUGCGCAAAGCAAGACCGGGACACCCCGAAGAGACGAGAGCGAGACGAACGUUAAGCGAAGCAGAGGCAGGCCUUCGAAGAAAUCCUCUCUUGCGGGGCGUCAUGAUGAGGCAGAUGACGAGCCUGCUUCGGGAGAUUUUGACAUACGGAGGAGCGCGAGGGCAAGGAAAGCCAGCUUCAAGGUCGGCGCUUGCUAGAAGCUCGAAUGGCCAUUAUGGCCGUUUUCAAACGAGUUCUAAGGUCUAUGGCUUCUGGGAUCAACAUCCACAUUCGUGUGUAGGAAUCGGCGCAAUAUGUCCUCCAAAGGGUCGAUUGCUAUCUUCAACAAGCCGGUCCAAACUUGACAGAUCGAAGGCAAGGGCUCUUCGAAAUUUGAAGGGUGGGGGAAGUUGAUACUGGGCUUUGUGAGAAGCAUCUGGCACCUCGGGGAGGGAGUGGAGGAGGUGGCCGUGGCGUCGUUUAGCAUUCUUCUGGUCUGGUCGUAUUGCAUCGCACGGCGUAAGCGUUUUGCUUGAUUACAAAUGGGUGGCGUCAUAAUGGCCGACCCGUCCCAUGGCGAGAUGCAUUGUAGCCGUCUGUAAAUAAUACCUAGCUCUCAAUCGCAUUUUCUAACCAUAUUCUUGUGAUGUGUGCCACUCUAUCUGAACAAAUUCACACGGACAAGUCCAAUCUCACUCAUCGUGCCGGACUGGGACCACGAGCCAACACUGUCUUUUCAAGCAUUGGCUAGAGACCUUGGGUUUCUAUCGAAUCUGCGUCUAGGAUAUGUCGCUACGGUGCACCCUUUUCAUUCGGGCGCAACAUGGAUCUGCCAGUACUCACGCCAUGGCUUCGGCAUCCCCUCGUUGUGGCCAGGGUCGUACUCCCUGCUCGCGGCACCGCCGUCCUCGACGGGCCUCCCCGAAAGGCCCAGCACCCCGCGCCGCUCGCCCGUGUGCUGAUACCGCACAAAGUCCCUGGUGGCGAGCACGUGCUGCAUGAUGCCGUCGCGGGCGUCCACGGCCGACCCCGUCGCCCACGACAGCACCAGCGGCUCGAGCAGCGGGGCGUCGGUGAUGGAGGGGUGGGCGGUCCCCAGUGAGGUCAGGAACCAGCCCCCGCCUGAUCCGCUUUCGUCGUCGUCCUCCCCUGGCUUCUCAGAGGGAGCACCGCUUGUCGUCGUCGUCGUCGUCGUGUGGUUGUUGACGCCGUCCACAAUGUCCCGGACCACGUCGAAGUGCGGCCGCCCGUAGAACAGGCUCGGCCCGGGCUUGCUCCACUCGCUGCUGUGGAUGACGGCCAGCGGCACCCGGACGUCCGCGUUCAGGGGGCCGCUGGACUUGCCCGGGUCGAGGAUCACGCCGCCGGAGAAGGGGAGCCUGGGUGGUGUUGACGUUGAUCUUGAUGUUGGUGGCCGUAGCGCGCGCAGGGCCCCCGUGCCGCCGUACGAGUGGCCGGCGAUGGUGAGGGCCUCGGUGUUUAUGCGGCCCCUGAACGCCGACAUGUCUAUGUCUGUGUUGCGCGGUGCGCGGGAGUUGGGGAACGGCGACGGCGGGCCGGAAUCCAGGACGCGGAGUACGUCUACGGCGGCCUCGAUCUCGGCCUCGCGGAAGGACAGCUGGGCUUCUUUGAGCGCCGCGGUGUCGAAGGCGUCGUCGCCUUCUUCCGGGGGUGCUAGGUCCUUCAGGCCGAACGCGUAUCUCCACCGCGGUGCUGCGCCCUGCUCCUCGCCGGCCCUGAUGAUGGGGCUCGCGGGGGACGAGCCGUCGCGGUGCUCGAUCGCUGCGACGAUGACGCCGCGGCUGGCCAGCUCGCCUAGGUAGUGGGUGUAGUCCGUCCGUGAGCUGAGCAUGCCGUGGGUGAAGAUCAUGGCGGGCAGCUUCCCUCCUCCCUCGGCCUUGCCGGUGUUCGUCAGACUGCCCGCCAGGUCGCCACCGGUCCCGUCGAUGUUUAUGAGUUCGGCUGCUGGGAUAAGAGGCGCACCGACCUCAGCUGGGAUCUGGAUCCCGCUGGCCACGAGCCACAGGCCCGCGGUGAGGAGACCUCGGAAGAAGAAGUUGUCCAUCCCCAGGAAUCGGGCAUAGCCCUUUGCCGUGGCAGACACGGGCUUGGGGAACCAGUAGUACUUGUCCGCCGCGGAGCCCCUGGCCUUGUGCGAGAUUGGGUAGUAGAACGUGAACAGCACCGUCUCGACCUCGAACGCAUAGUCGCCGUCCGAUUUUGAUUUGAACUUUGCGUCACUGACCCGCCUGGGUGUCUCGAGGGGGUACUCAAUGUCCAACGCUCCCACGCCAUAUGGCCCGGUGUAUCCGGGGAGCCGGUUUGAGAGGAGUGGCUGUGAUGCUAGGAUGCGGUAUGUCACCCACAACGCUGCGAUGGAGAAGGUUAUGUAGCGGGCCGUCAGGCGUGGCCGGAGGAGGGAUACUAUCACCGGGGUGAGACGGCGAACGGUCGCUGUGACCCAUUUGGCGACAGUGGGCAGGACAUCAUGGCGGAUCCGGCCAAGAGUUGUUGUCUGAGAACCUGACCCGGAUGGUCUCAUCCAUUUUGGGACACCGUUUAGGUAGUGGUCCUGCGAUGACAUGUCACGAUCUAGAACAUCGUCCUCAAUCCCUAGCUCCGCGGUUGAUAUCUCGUCGAAGGGCUGCAUAUUUUGUACAUUGUGAAGGAGACCAUCUUCUUACAAGCUGGCACCAGUAUGGA